AAGAAAAAAAAGAAAUGUACUGCCUCUCCAAGUCUCUUAUUAUGUGAUGGUGGGAAGCCAGAAGCUGCUGCUUUUGAGGCAAAAACCUAGGCCAGUGUCCCUGCUCAUGCCUCAAGGAUCCACCUGACGCAAAGCCACACCAACCUUCAGCAGCCACCAACCUGAUCAGUCAGUAGCCAUCAACAUUGAGGCAAGACCCUCCACCAGCAAAAAGAUUAUGACUCAUUGAAGAUUCAGAUGAUGGUUAGCAUUUUUCAGAAAUAAAGUAUAUUUUAAUUAAGUGUGUUCUAGGUCAAUGGCUUCUAAGACUCCAAUUGGAUUCAUUGGACUGGGCAACAUGGGGAAUCCAAUGGCAAAAAAUCUCAUGAAACAUGGCUAUCCGCUCAUUAUUUAUGAUGUAUUCCCUGAUGCAUGCAAAGAGUUUCAAGAACAAGGUGAACAGGUAGUGUCUUCCCCAGCAGAUGUAGCUGAAAAAGCUGACCGAAUUAUUACAAUGCUGCCCACAAGUAUCAAUGCAAUUGAAGUUUAUUCUGGAGCAAAUGGAAUUCUAAAGAAAGUGAAGAAAGGCUCAUUAUUAAUAGAUUCCAGUACUAUCGAUCCCACAGUUUCAAAAGAAUUGGCCAAAGAAGUUGAGAAAAUGGGAGCAGUUUUCAUGGAUGCCCCUGUUUCUGGUGGUGUGGGAGCUGCUCGGUCUGGGAACCUCACAUUUAUGGUGGGAGGAGUCGAAGAAGAAUUUGCUGCUGCCCAGCAGUUGCUGGGGUGCAUGGGCUCCAACGUAGUAUACUGUGGAGGUGUUGGAACUGGGCAGGCUGCAAAGAUCUGCAACAACAUGCUGUUAGCGAUUAGUAUGAUUGGAACUGCUGAAGCUAUGAAUCUUGGAAUCAGGCUAGGGCUUGACCCAAAACUAUUGGCUAAAAUCCUAAAUAUGAGCUCAGGACGGUGUUGGUCAAGCGACACUUACAAUCCUGUACCCGGGGUGAUGGAUGGUGUUCCCUCGGCUAAUAAUUAUCAGGGUGGAUUUGGAUCAACACUCAUGGCCAAGGAUCUGGGAUUAGCACAAGACUCUGCUACCAACACAAAGAGCCCAAUCCUUCUGGGCAGUCUGGCUCAUCAGAUCUACAGGCUAAUGUGUGCAAAAGGCUACUCAAAGAAAGACUUCUCAUCUGUGUUCCAGUUUCUGCGAGAGGAGGAGACCUUCUGAGUUUGUCCUUCAACUGUGGACACUGCUGGAAACCAAACUCUUAUCCUGGAGCCUCCUUAUAGCUCACUCCACAAGUAAAUGGGUUUACUCAAAGGUCACCAGGCUGCUUUUGAUCGUCUAGGUCACAGUAAACCUUAGGAUUUUUCACCCAUUUUAAACUGCUUAUUCUUUUAGUAUAUUUAGCAAACAUAUGUUAACUGAAUUUUUUUUCUCUGCAAGCCACUAACCAGCUGAUUGACCUUUUUAAGCAUAUUCAACUAAAUCAUUGAAUAAAACUUCAAUCAGGAUAUUAUUUACUCCACUUUACAAAUAAAACCAAAUAUUUUUGCAACAAGAUAAACCCCAUCUUAACUGAAGGAAAAGAAAUUAAUGUGAGGAGAGAAAUUAGAGUAAGGAUGUCUGGUGAAUUACCCCUGCAUUCCUCGGGAAGCUUUUCCUGUUAACUAAAAGCAGCAAUAGUCUUAUGUUACUGAGGUUGCUGACUUAUUUUCCAGAGAGUAGAUAAAGCAAACGACCUUGUAGCUACUUGCUUUAUACUUUGGACUUGGUUACAGUGUGUGUCCCUCUUGUUACAACUCUCAAUGCUCAACAAACUUGUUUUUUAUAUUUUUGUUUCCUUUACAUUCUUACUACAUAUUUUUGGACUUCAAAAGAAUGACAUCUUUAGACUUGUUCCAGAGCCAAUGAUGAUACUUCUUUAGAUGAUUAUUAUAUUAUUCUAAAUAAAGCCACAUUAUUUUGAAUUCAAAUAAAUUUCUAUGCUGAUAAUA